AUGACCGAAAAAGAAACGAGUGCUCAAACCUUCGAAAAUUGGCUAAGACUAACGUUCCGGCUUAUCGUAGGCGACCACUGGGACGACAUCUCAGAGCAAGUAAUCGAUGGCGACAAAACGUAUCGUUGGUGUAGAGAGAUAAUACGAAAUUCGCUUUCUUAUUUAGAGCAUUCGGCUAACAGGUUUUUGAGCGGAGCCAUUAUUAACAUCAAAAACGAAAUUUGGCAACUUCGAUACGCUGAGUUUGAAGAGUCGGAAAAUCUUUUAAGUGGUUUUUCAGUAUGGGAAAAUACAUUCGCAAUGGCUUACGAUUUAACACGAAAUCUGCUCGAAGUGAACGAUAAGCUAUGUGCUUUAAAGUUAGCUAUAGUUGCUGGUAGUUUUGGUUGUGAAGAAGGGACGAUUGUGUCCUUAAAAACGAAGAUUUCCCAAGUUUUCUUCCAACUUAAAGACGAAAACGACAGCGUGGAAGCUUGGAAGGACAUCAACGAAGCGUUCUAUAUCUUUGUCGAUUUUCUAAGCGAGUUUGGAAUCGACAUGGAAGGAGAAAGACUAAAGAUAGGAGAACGGAUUGCGGGGCGAAGAACGGAAUGGAAGACGCCGGAGUCUUGGUGUUUUGGUGACUUUGGGAAUAACGAAGGGCAAAUGGAGUAUCCUGCUGAUGUUCUAGUCAAUGAACAAGGUACGUCCGUAUUCACAACGUUUUGAAACUAGAGUUGUUGACUCAGUUGACUUGACUUGUUAAUCAGAUUAACGACUCGUGUCUGAGAACUGAAAUGACUUACAAGAGAUGCCUUACGUCUUACGAAGUCCUUACUUUUCUACACUGAGUUGCACUGGGAAUUUACCAAUGCACAUGCAGUACAUGACUAGUGCAGCCAGAUUGGCAUAUCACAGUAUGUCAUGGGUAACUGCCAGUUCAUGGUAAAAAGAACUGUUCAGAAUGACUUGUGAAUUGACUUGUUACAUGGAGUGAAUGACUUGUGACUUCGCUUGACUUGACUUGGACUCGCAAGAAAUGAGAUGACUUGGACUUGCAAACUAAGACUUGCUAACAACUUAGUUUGAAACUUUCACUGUUUUUAUCUUCAAAUUCAAUUAUAUACUCAAAUUAUGUUAUAGUAUAGCACCGUCCUCAGACUCACGGAACUCGCCAAGUCGAGUAUGGCCAGAGAACUCUACAUGUAAUCAGCAAACUUGCAAAAGCUUAGGUGCAUUUGCCACUAGCAACCUAGGCCGAAAUACAAUAUCAAGAUGUUCGCAACAGCAACCAAGCGAUACUUCGCUUAUCAUUUAGGUCUGUCCUCUUACUCUACUUCUAAACAUUUUAGGCGAUUUCCUUGUCUUAGAACAAGACACAAAAGGCAAGAACACAACACAACGACUUCAGCUGUUCAACAAGAAAGGCCGCUAUCAGAAAACGUUGCUGCAACGUGACCGUGAUGACGUAACAAGCAUGAGUGGCAUGGCUCUAGACAAUACAGGCAACGUUGUAGUCACUUUAAAAGAUGACCAAGGCAUUGGCCGUGUGAAUGCAUACAACAUGCAAGGGGACUCGGUACUAGCUGUCAAGAUUUCGGUCCCAAUUCCGAAAUUCCCGCCUUUUUUCACCAGCGUCGCUGUUGACAAGGAAGGACGGAUUCUCGUGGUCGAGUUUCAUGAAAUGGCCGUUCAUAUUUACGGGAGAAAUGGAGAGUUCAUUUUGAAAAUUGGCCAAGGUGGCCGAACUGCACAGCAGGGCAUAUUUGAGAAUAUUUCUUGCCUUAGUAUUUCACAAAAUAAUGAAAUAUACGUCUGUGAUCCGCUGAGAAAUGUACAGGUUUGUAUGUAUGCAUGUAUUAGUUUUUAAUGUUUAAAAAUAUGGAAGAUUGUUUAAUUUCUCGGAUAAAAUUUCUAUAGUGCAAGUUUACAUGUGAAUAUAUGAUCAAAUGCGCUUUACAUCAAGUAUUACGCUUACCUAGUUACAUACUUAGCCUAGACUAUUUCAUCUUUACAGUAAUUGUGAUAUUAUUAACUGUGUUUAUCCUAACCCACCCUGUCAACUUUGAACUUUCCCUGUGGGAGGAAAUCGGAGCACCCGGAGAAAACCCACGACUUUCAGGAGAGUGUUGAAAAGAGUCUUUUCACAUGAGUCCCGGCCGGCAUAGCGAGAAUCGGACCCACGAACUCAGGGUUGAAAAGUGCCUAUUCCGACUACUGCGUCAGCAAAUUAAGCGCCUUGUAGUAGUACAAGUACCACAGUUUUUAAAAUAAAACCUCUUUAGUAUGACUAACUUUGACCUGCUCUUUGCGGUGUCUUAUAGGUUUUCAAUAAUAAAGGCGAAUUUCUGAGGUUUUUUAAAUCGAGUGGAAACAUCCCUACGCACGUGGUGGUCGGUGAGGACGAGGUUUAUGCCCUAAAUCGUAAUGCGCAUGUGCUUGAAGUGUAUUCUCUGGACGGAGAAAAGAUUCUUCGCAAGGCUGGGGGAUUCGGAGGGGACCUGGGACGAUUGUGGACUCCGUUAGGAAUAGCAAGAACUCCGGAUGGUUCAAUUGCCGUCGCCGAGAAAGAAUCUCACAGAAUUCAAGUGCUGAAAAUAUGA